CGAUUUUCGAAAGACCUAGAGAGAGAGGGAGAGAGAGAGAUUACAGGAAUUCCCCAACAACAGCCGCUCGUCCCCCCGACCUCACUCUCGAUACUGAUCUCGUCGGACCUCCAGUAAAACGGCGGAGCUAAAAUAGAACCGCCGCCGGCGCGCACCGAAACCGCCGCUCCUUCCGGCAGGCGCGGGCAUCGGUGAGCGAGCGAGAGAGAGAGAGAGGCAGGAGCCCGUCGAGUUCCGCCUUUCGCCGAUGGAGGGGGAGAGCGUGCUGGACGCCAUCUACGAAGAGGACGACGACUUCGACAACGGCGGCGAUGUCGAGAUGGUCGACGUGGAGGAGGGCGAGCUCGUCGACGGCCAGGACGCGAGAAGCGAUCCGGCGCGGCCCGGAGGGGAUGGAGGCGGCGCCGCCGAGGACUCGAAGGGGGACGAGCAGAGCAGGAAUCGCAGGCGCAGGGCGAACAAGAAGAAGAACAGGAAGAGGAAGAGGGGCGCUCCUGCCGGGGACGGCUCUAACUUCACCGACAUCAACAGGUUCGUGCUCGAUACCUGUAGGAGACUGAGGGAGAAGAAAUCAUACAUGGUGUAUACUGCCGUCGGCUGUCUGGGAGUGGCCGCUUUGAGUGAUCUCGUCAAAGAGGUAGACGCUAUUCAGGCUUGUGGAGGUCAGAUGACUGCUGAUGGUAAACGGCAACGAACAGGUGGGGGGGUACUAUGGAGUAUCAUUAAAGCACGAGAACCAAAUGCUUACAGAGAGAUAAUGAAAAGAGCAAGAGAAUUUGAGAAGCAAUUCAAGCCACACAAUAUUCAACAAGGACGACAGGAAGAGGCACCUCCUGAUGGACCUACAAAAGUAUCCCCUGAAAGGAGUUCUGUGUCCACUCCAGAUGGUUUCCCGACGAUGCCUGAAUUACAAAAUGCUGAUCAGCAAUCAGCUGGUGAGGAGAAAAGACAAUCCGUGAAAGAACGAAUUAGAGUACCUGUUUCUUACGAAGACAUUCUAGAUGACCCAGAUGAUGGAAGUGGCUAAUGUUUCCAAACAAUGUUGUUAUUUUCCCGUGGUUGUUUCAAUUUGUGCAUAGCAAACAUUCUAACAAGUUUUGCAAUCAUGCUUCAGGCGAAAAAAAAUAUUACAUAGGGUUGGAGAGGUUUGGAGUUAUACUUAUUUACUGAAGGGGAACACGGCAUCCCGGCUUCAGUGGGUGGUUCUGCAGUAAUUAUAGCACAAGUCCGUGGUGACCCUUUUUUGGUCAUAAAAUGGACAUAUUGAUUCAUUUGUGAAAUUCUAUUAUUGGCCAUCUCUUUGGUUUGUGAAAAUGCAUAGAAAGGACAGAGAGCACAUCGAUCGAGUAUUAUUUUUUGUUCCAGAUUUGCCUCAUCAGCAAACCUUUGAAGCUUAACUAC